GGAAUACGGCCUACUCGUAAGCUUUAGACUGUUGCACAAAGAACUAAAUCGCCGUCACUCGCCUUGAAUCACUUUCUAAAUCCUCGGUCAAGUCAUGGCCCCAAGGACUGUUCGCUGGGGGAUCCUGGCCACUGGCUUGAUUGCCGAGACGUUCACCAAAGAUCUGCUACUUGACCCGGCCACUCGAGAUGUACAUGAUGUUAUUCAUACCGUUGUUGCAGCCGCAAGCAGCUCGUCAAAAGAACGAGCCGAGCAGUUUCUGAAGACGGUCGGCGCUCCUGCGUCAGCACAAGCAUAUGGCUCAUAUCAAGAACUGGUUCAGAACCCCGAGAUUGAUAUCGUCUACAUUGCGACGCCCCACUCUCACCACUAUCAAAAUGCAAUGCUGGCAUUGGAAGCAGGACUCAAUGUUCUUUGUGAAAAGGCCUUCACGGUUAAUGCAGCACAAGCCAAACAGCUUGUGCAACUUGCACGCUCAAAGAAUCUAUUUCUCAUGGAAGCUGUGUGGACUCGAUACUUUCCACUUUCUAUUUACGUUCGAGACACCAUCACUUCUGGGCGCAUUGGGCCUGUCACCCGCGUGUUUGCAGACAACUCCCGGGCCAACGAUCCCGAGGGCGCUUGGGCAGAUGGCAAACAUCGCAUGGUCAACCCUGAUCUGGCCGGCGGAGCGCUGCUCGAUUUAGGCAUUUACAGUCUAACAUGGGUGUUCCAGACGCUGUAUACAACCCAACCUGUUGGAAAUCGAAAAGCUCCCACUGUCGUCUCUUCCAUGACCAAGUACCCAGCCACUGGGGUUGACGAACGCACAUCCAUCCUUCUGACAUUUCCACGCUCGGCGGAGCAGGGCUAUGAUGCUCAUGGCAUAGCUACCACAGGGUUUCGUGCAACGACAGACACUGAUAACAAAGGAACUUCGGGUGCUUCAGUUCGAAUCAUGGGAUCCAAGGGCGAGAUCCAAGUUUGGCCACCUAUCUACCGUCCAACAAAGACCCGACUCAUUCUCUCGAGUGGAGAGACGGAAGACAAGGAAUGGCCACAACCUGGCCCAGGCAAGGGCAGUGGUUGGUAUAACGGAUUUUCUGGUGACAAUCACGACGAAGGUGUUGGGCAUGGCAUGUUCUGGGAGGCAGACGAAGCAGCACGUGCUGUCAUCGAGGGACGAAAAGAAGGCAAGUUCGAAGGCUUAGACGAGAGUGUGCUCAUCAUGGAGGUGAUGGACGAAGUCAGGAAACAGAACGACUUGAAGUACCCUGACAAGAUCGAGUCAACGGAGAAAGUGAAUCUGUGAGACGCAGCUGUUGGUGGUUAAUGAGUGCCAUGUGGAAACGCAGGCUGUAAGAAAAACGACUCAAGUGACUUACAUGGCAG